AAGAAAUCGAAAUGCUGAGUACUACGAUAUUCCUGGAAGUAGUAGAGUGAAUUUUUGGAAUACUAUCGCAAAUAUAAUCAACGAACGAUUUGGAGGCACUUAUACAGGACAACAAUGUAAUAAUAGAUUUAAAAAUCUUGUAAGAGAUCAUACCCGGAUAUACUCUGUUAAUAUGGAAAAAACCCCAUUUGACAUAUUGCAUAAUGAAAACACAUCACGCCACCGUAACCGUACUCCACCGCCAACUUACGAAGUACCAUCAAUUCUAAAUAAUGUGACAUACGAAUCUUCAUCCGAGUUGAUAAAUAUUACUUCAGCUCUUAAUAUAUCUGCAUCACAAAAUGACAGUGAUUUUAGUAUGCCCGAUGUAGUAGGAGGUAGUCAGCCACUGGAAUCUAUAAAUGAGGAGGGGGAUUAG